AUGCUAGAAAACAAGAAGCAAUUGCAAAGGCUUUUUAGGGAGGAUGAGCUCCAUGAACUAGGCUACCUAAAGAGUGCCAAAGGGAAGAAAGCAGAGAAGGUUGCCAAAUCUGAAACUUUCUGGAGAGAUGUUGAGACUGCUGUUAUUUACUUUGAGCCAUUAGCUCAUGUCUUGAGGAGAAUGGACAGUGAUGUGCCAGCAAUGGGUUUCUUAUAUGGGUAUCUACAGGAGGCUAAGAAUGAGAUCUCUAAGAGGUUCAAUAAUGACAGGAGAAAGUUCGAGGAAGUUUUUCAGUUCAUUGACAAGAGGUGGGACAGUAAGCUGAAAACUCCUUUGCAUAGGGCUGGUUACUACCUCAACCCUUUCUACUAUUAUCAAAACAAGGUGGCUAUAGAGGACAAUGAAACAUUUAGAGAUGGUGUCAUAACUUGCAUUACAAAGCUUGUUCCAGAUAUAGAGACUCAGGACAAGAUUAUUGAAGAGCUUCAAAAGUUCCAAGAUGCCGAAGGAUCCUUUGGCAAAGAAAUUGCUAAAAGGCAGUGCAAAAAUAUUCAUUUUAAUCCUGCUAAGUGGUGGCUGAAUCAUGGAAGUAGUGCACCAACCCUCAGAAAGCUAGCUGCUAGAAUUCUCAGUUUGACUUGCAGUUCAUCAGCUUGUGAGAGAUGCUGGAGUUCAUUUGAACAAGUCCACACCAAGAGACGCAAUAGGCUGCUGCAUGACAGAAUGAGGGAUCUUGUGUUUGUCAAAUUCAACUAA